AUGACCGAUGGCUACCAUGUCACCUUUCAGAAGGACAAACGUUAUAGGAUGAAUGGAAUCAUUUCCAGAGGGGAUUUGUCUUUAACCAUACAGAAUGCAGCCCUGUCUGACACUGGCACCUAUUGUUGCCGUAUUGAGUUCAAAGGGUGGUUUAAUGAUUAUAAAAAAAACAUAUUUUUGGAGAUAAAGCCAGCUCCACCUAAGGUCACCAGUGUUCCACCACCACUUAAGGUCUUCACGUCUGCUCCUACAACUCCAGCACCCACACUGAACCUUCAGACAGAAACCACUUCAUCUUCUGCAGUGCAGACAACAGAAACCCAGCCUAUCAGACCACAGGAAACAAGUACGACCAGCUCAUCAUUGAACUCUUCUUGCCCAACAGAUGGGAAUAGCACUGUGACCCAGCCUUCAGAUUGCAGUUGGCAAUAUAAUGAAACUCACAUGAGCUUGAAAAAAAAUACACAGAGGAACACCAGUAAGUUAUACAUUGGAAUCUGCAUUGCUGCCAUGAUAUUGCUCACCAUUUUCGCUGCCAUACUUACCAAAAAAUAUUUAUGUGGGAAAAGAAAGGUGUUACAAAUAAGCAAAGAACCUGUGACCGGAACUGCACAAAAUGGAACUUCAGUGCGCUACCAACCACAUGAGAACCUCUGCUUUGAGAACGAUCUUUACAACGUUUAUCAAGACCCAGUGGUUCUCUUUAAGACUUUAGGCCCUUGACUGCAGAAAGCAUUGACUAUAUCUCACUAUGUCAGUUCUUUUAAGCUCCAGGAUGAUUUUUCUGUCUAUAUUUCAUGGUGUUCCAAUCUGUCUGUGAGGUUGGUCAGAGUAUCUUUAGCUCAUCAGUGUGAAGUCAACCUCAUUGAGGCUUUGGUCAGUUGGUUUUGGACAGCUUUGAGUGAUCUGGAGAUACACAGCCUCCCAAGACCAUCUCUUUUGAAUCUUUAUUACAUCAGUUUUUCUGAGGCAAUAGAAAAAAGUCAUGGCUUCAUCCAGAGAAAAGGUAAUGGUAGCCAUCAAAAUGUAAGGUGGUGCCUUAUCGGCCUUGACUACUAGAUGUCAGCGUGGUGUAUCUGGGACUUAGAAUACCUGGGAAUUGGUUUACUUCCCCAAUGUCCCCUGAGCCCUUUAUCACCUAGACUCCAGUGUAAUCUAAAAA